GGCGGAGCCUUCCCCGCCGAGGGGAAGGGCCCACCCCGGAGCGCAGGUUUCAGGGCCCAAGUAGGUUGCGAGUGGCAGGCGGUGGCUGCGGCUCCACGGCUUGGGGAAGAUGGCGCCGCCGGUGACGGAGCGGGGGCUGAAGAGCGUCGUGUGGCGGAAGAUAAAAACAGCGGUGUUUGAUGACUGCAGGAAAGAAGGAGAAUGGAAGAUAAUGCUGUUAGAUGAGUUUACCACCAAGCUUCUGUCAUCGUGCUGCAAAAUGACAGACCUUCUAGAAGAGGGGAUAACUGUUAUAGAGAAUAUUUAUAAGAAUCGGGAACCCGUCAGACAAAUGAAAGCUCUUUAUUUCAUCUCUCCAACAUCAAAAUCUGUAGAUUGUUUCUUGCGAGACUUCGGAAGUAAACGUGAGAACAAGUAUAAGGCUGCGUAUAUAUACUUCACUGACUUUUGCCCUGACAGCCUCUUUAACAAGAUUAAGGCAUCUUGCUCCAAGUCAAUAAGAAGAUGUAAAGAAAUAAACAUUUCCUUUAUUCCACAUGAGUCUCAGGUUUAUACUCUUGAUGUACCAGACGCAUUCUAUUACUGUUACAGUCCGGACCCUAGUAAUGCCAGCAGGAAAGAAGCAGUCAUGGAGGCAAUGGCUGAACAGAUAGUAACAGUGUGUGCCACUCUGGACGAGAACCCUGGAGUGAGGUAUAAGAGUAAACCUCUAGAUAAUGCCAGUAAGCUUGCACAACUGGUUGAAAAAAAGCUUGAAGACUACUACAAAAUGGAUGAAAAAGGCCUAGUAAAGGGUAAAACUCAUUCCCAGCUCUUAAUAAUUGACCGUGGCUUUGACCCUGUGUCCACUGUCCUGCAUGAACUGACCUUUCAGGCAAUGGCAUACGAUCUACUACCAAUUGAGAAUGAUACAUACAAAUACAGAACAGAUGGGAAGGACAAGGAGGCAGUUCUGGAAGAAGAUGACGACCUGUGGGUCCGGGUCCGGCACCGGCACAUCGCACUUGUGUUGGAGGAAAUUCCAAAACUUAUGAAGGAAAUUUCAUCAACCAAGAAAGCUACAGAGGGGAAGACGUCACUUAGUGCUCUUACCCAGCUGAUGAAGAAGAUGCCCCACUUCCGAAAACAAAUGACAAAGCAAGUUGUUCAUCUUAACUUAGCUGAAGAUUGCAUGAAUAAAUUUAAGCUGAAUAUUGAGAAGCUCUGCAAAACUGAGCAGGACCUGGCACUUGGAACAGAUGCGGAAGGACAGCGGGUGAAGGACUCCAUGCUGGUGCUCCUCCCGGUCCUGCUCAACAAAAACCAUGACAACUGCGACAAAAUCCGAGCAGUCCUGCUCUAUAUCUUCGGGAUUAAUGGAACAACUGAAGAAAAUUUGGACAGACUGAUCCACAAUGUAAAGAUAGAAGAUGAUAGUGACAUGAUUCGUAACUGGAGUCACCUUGGUGUCCCCAUUGUUCCUCCAUCCCAACAAGCCAAGCCGGUGAGAAAAGACCGCUCUGCAGAAGAGACCUUCCAGCUCUCCCGGUGGACACCCUUUAUCAAAGACAUCAUGGAGGAUGCCAUUGAUAAUAGAUUAGAUUCCAAAGAAUGGCCAUACUGUUCCCGGUGCCCGGCAGUGUGGAAUGGCUCUGGAGCUGUGAGUGCUCGCCAGAAACCCAGAGCUAACUAUUUAGAGCUGGACCGGAAAAAUGGAUCAAGACUGAUUAUUUUCGUAAUUGGAGGAAUUACAUACUCUGAGAUGCGUUGUGCUUAUGAAGUUUCUCAGGCACAUAAAUCCUGUGAGGUUAUUAUUGGUUCCACACAUAUUUUAACACCCAGAAAACUGCUGGAUGAUAUAAAGAUGCUGAAUAAGUCAAAGGAUAAAGUUUCCUUUCUUAAGGAAGAGUAGCUUUUUUAUUGUUGUUUGGAGGUUUUUGUUAAUAUGUUCAACUAAAACAGAAGAUGUUGCUGUCAUAACUUAAACAGUGUAAAUAUUUUAUGGAGUAUUGUGCUUUUCAAGUGUACUUCUUAAGGGACUUUAUGGAUUUAUUGGAUUUGUCAUUUCUAAUAAUUUAAAUACUCUUGCUGCUUUGACUAAGAUAUGACAUUAAAGUGCUUUCUAAUCAGGAAGUUUUCACCUUUGGAGCAGAAUCUGUUAGAGAUAUGGGUGGUUUUUACAGCCACCUAUAUAAAUACUAAUUACUCACUGGAUACUUAGGCUGAAAUACAGUGUUUGGGGGCAAAAUGAUUUUGAAUGAAGAGAUUAUAAAAGUAAAAACUGUAAAUGUAUGUAUGAUAGAAUUAUUUCUUAUAAGUGCAGUUUCUUAAAACUGAAAGUCAAAAAUUUUAUGUAUAAAAUAAUCCCAAUUAUUAAUAUGGUUUUACUGUGUAUAUUACCUGCAAGAUACUUCUACAGAACACAGUUUUAUAUGUUUGAGAUCAUGUCUACUCAAGUUAGAAACUAAAAAUAAUCAUGAACAUUCUAAGAAAAUAAAUAUAUAUUAUCAAAUUUU